AUGUCAUAUGACAGAUAUUUAGCUGUAUGCAAGCCUUUGCAUUACAGUGCUCUCAUGAAACGUCAUUUAUGCUUACAACUGGCAGCUGGAUCUUGGUUAAAUGGCUUCUUGGUUGGCAUAAGCAUAACAAUCAGUGCAUCCCAGUUAUCUUUCUGUGGCCCCAAUAUCAUUGAUCAUUACUUCUGUGAUAUUAUUCCUAACAUAAAACAAAUUUCAUGUAGUGAUACACACUCAGUGGAAUUAUCAUCCUUUGCAUUUGUCUGCAUUUUUACUCUGCCUCCCUUUCUCCUCACCUUGACCUCCUAUGUUCUUAUUAUUGUUUCCAUUUUCAGGAUCCCAUCUAUCACUGGGAGACAAAAGGCCUUCUCUACUUGUUCAUCUCACCUCAUUGUGGUGGCCCUGUUCUAUGGCACACUAAUGAUUGUCUAUAUGCUCCCACCAUCCAAAGACCUCAGAAAUUUGAAGAAAAUAUUUUCCUUGUUUUAUACGGUCUUGACUCCCAUGGUCAAUCCUCUGAUAUACAGUUUGAGAAAUAAAGAGGUAAAGGAGGCAUUGCAGAGAGCUAUCAGGAAGUUAAUCAUAUUCACAACUUUUGAGAAAUCUAUGUUUUAA